AUGCAAAAGAUGACGUGUGACAAUGUGACUUAUGUGUGGACUGAUAAAUCACCAACAGAUUUCUUGUGGUGGCAACCCGAGUAUCCAAGAUCAGAGUUCGCUGAGUUCAGUUGUGUAACGCUAUGGGAACAAUCAUUCCUACUGGACGUUGAUGGCUACGUUCCUGGACAGUAUGAUGAUAUGAAAGAGUGCUCCAGUUCAGGAGGAUCUGUGGCUCUUUGUAAAUAUGAUCCCAAUACAUCCAUAAUUGGUGAAAAAUAUACCACAACUCCAACAACGAGUACUACCGCACCUACUACAACCACCGUAACCACUACAACUCCCACCACAACAACUACAACUCCAACUACAACUACUACAACUACACCAACAACAACGACUCCAACAACGACUACAACAAUUCCUACCACAACAACAAAAGCAACAACAACAACCGCUGCUCCAAGUGGCCCUGUAGACUGUUCUCCAAAAUGUGAUCCAUUUUGGAUUAGUUAUAAGGGAGGGUGUUAUGGGUUAGUUCAAGGAACAUCAGAUUUCAGUACCGCAGAGCUGGGAUGCCAAGCAUUUGGGGGAGAGAUGGCAGUGAUAACAGAUGCUGAUAUGAAUGAGGCUAUGAGAUUGGCAUUCAGUACUAACAACGACAGUACGAUAGCUCAUCAAGCAUGGGUUGGAGCAUCUUCAUAUUCCAACUGGGCUCCUGGAAAACCAAAUAAAGCACAAGGAACCCAAUAUUCAGAGUAUUGUAAUGUGAGCAGAUAUCAAGUUAAGAAUAAGAGCAGUGACCAUCGAAAGUCCCGAAUCAAUCAACACAGCGAGAUCUCCGAUUUCAUGAGGAAGUUCGUGGCAGACUACGGCGAUUGUUGUUAUGAAGCCAAGCUUCAGAGAGACCAUGAACGAUGCACCGAUUGCUAUUCCAUCAACCAGAUUGUGGAGUCCGUCGCCAAAAAGAAUGAUGAGAGCUCGCGGCUUAAAACAAUGGAGUUUUUAGAUAGUUUUUACAGUACUGACCACUUGCAGUUUUUGUUGAAAAUUGUCAAGUUUUUGAAUGUGACACGAUAUCACUGGGUAUCGCUCAAUAGUGAAACUCACAAACACUUCAUUAUCAUCGUCUGCAUCAUGAUCAUGAUGAUGAUGACUAUGACCAUGUGUCACAUUUUCAUGGGAAGAGUUAUCGUGGUGUUCAUGAGCAUGUCCAUGGCUAUGACUAUGAACUCCAAGAACCUGAAAUGA